AAAGAAAUUAGAAAAUGGAACAGCCACUUAUGCUACGUGAAGACCAAGAGCAAGAACCACGUAAGAGAAUGAGAGAAUCCAAGCCAGGAGGAGAUGAUGAUGCCGAGAUCAUCUUUGUUGGGGUUGAGCAGGUAAAUAAAGAUGCUGAACUGAUCUUUGUGGGGGUGACUUCAAAAUCAAAACCAGUUGUCUCAAAUAUUUUGAACAGAGUCACCCCAGGUUCAUGCUCGAGGAGAAAAAAGUAUGGUCACCUUAGAAGAGGCUUAGCUCGCAGGCAGCAGCCCGCAAGUCAGGGGGCGCAGGCAUCGGAAGCAGUGACCGUGCUGCCUGCUCCUCAGCCUGAAUCAAGAUCAACAGACAGCCCUGUUAUUAUUAUUGAACCUGAGCAGGAAUGUAAAAAGAAUUCACCACAAGUCGUGCCUGAUAGCUCUUCAAAGGUAUGCCCUCCUUUGGUCACACUCACAAGUUCAUUGUCAAAUCCAGUAAAAGCAGCACUCCCAGUAGGAAGUAAGAAUGCAAGCCCUUGUGUGUCAGAGCAGCCUUCUGCUUCGGAAGUAAAUGGCACAGAUCCUAAAAGGCCUAAACUUAACGAUAGAACGGAGGAAUCUUCUGCAGGUACUUCCCCUUCGGAUACUCAGCAAAGCACACCCUCAGACAGUGCUCAGACCUCAUUAAACCCUGUUCAGAGUGGAGUGCCGUUUCCAACAGCUGUUUCAAAGGAUAGUGUCCAUUCCAAGCCUGUAAAUGUCGGUAAGGAAAAUGACGUGGCCAAACCAGACUGUGCGAGUGGAGCAAGUCAACAUCAGGCCCCGGGUCCCAAGAAAAAAACCCUGAUCAUGUUACUGAACGACUUCUACUACGGUCAGCAUCAGGGAGAUGGGCCGUCCGAGCAGAAAACUCAUACCACCUUUAAAUGCCUCAGCUGCUUGAAAGUCCUCAAGAACAUUAAGUUUAUGAAUCACGUGAGGCACCACUUGGAACUUGAGAAGCAGAGGGGUGACAGCUGGGAGAGCCACACCACCUGUCAGCACUGCCACCGGAAGUUUCCCACCCCCUUCCUGCUGCAGUGUCACAUUGAAAGAGUGCACACUAGCCAGGAGCCGUCUGCCGUUUGCAAAAUCUGUGAAUUGUCCUUUGAAACAGAUCAGGUCCUCUUACAACACAUGAAGGACACCCAUAAGCCGGGGGAGAUGCCGUACGUGUGCCAGGUUUGCAGUUACCGAUCGUCAGCCUUCGCGGAUGUGGAAACUCAUUUUAGAACGUGCCAUGAGAACACCAAGAACUUGCUUUGUCCGUUUUGUCUCAAAAUGUUCAAAACAGCAUCACCAUACAUGUGUCAUUACAGGGGGCACUGGGAGAGGACUGUUCACCAGUGCUCCAAAUGCCGGCUACAGUUUCUGACUUUCAAGGAGAAGAUGGAGCACAAGACCCAGUGUCAUCAAAUGUUUAAGAUGCCUAAGCAGCUAGAAGGAUUACCUCCGGAAACAAAAGUUGUCAUUCAAGUGUCCCUGGAACCUCCUCAAGCAGAGUCAGAGCAAGUAGCCUCUGUUACCGUGAGCACAUCUGACUGUGCACCGUCACCGCCCAGGUCUAAAAGCAGAAUGUCAAAAAACCCCCACUAA